CAGAUUUGGUCGGGUUUCUGACUCUUCGUGGCGCGAUGGGGGACCGGAAGAUUCCUGACCGGCGGCUUUUGCUAUGGUUCUUCGCCGUCGUCACCGCCGUGAAACUCCUCCUCAUCCCGUCGUACCGGAGCACCGACUUCGAGGUCCACCGUCACUGGCUCGCUCUCACCCACUCUCUCCCUCUCUCUCAAUGGUACUUCGACGAGACCAGCCCCUGGACCCUCGAUUACCCUCCCUUCUUCGCUUACUUCGAACGCUUCCUCUCCGUUUUCGCUCGUCUCGUCGACCCCAAGAUCGUAGAUCUCCACGAAGGAAUCGAUUACAGCGCCGAUUCCGUCGUCUUCUUCCAGAGGAUCACCGUGAUCGUUUCGGAUCUGUAUCUCCUCUUCGGGGUCUACAGAUUGACCAGGAGUUUGGACUCGAUGAAGCGGAAGCUGGUCUGGGCAAUGGUGAUCUGGUCUCCGGCGCUUUUGAUUGUGGAUCACAUACAUUUUCAGUAUAACGGGUUUCUUCUGGGAUGGCUGUUGCUGUCGAUUUCGUAUUUGCAGGAGGGGAGGGAUCUGAUGGGCGGGUUUCUAUUCGCUGUUCUCCUCUGUUUCAAGCACCUGUUCGCCGUUGCCGCGCCGGCGUACUUCGUGUAUCUGCUCAGGCAUUAUUGCUGGUCCGGGUUGGUUAGCGGUUUCCGGCGGCUUUCAACCAUGGGCGCGGUGGUCGUGGCGACCUCCGCCGCCGCGUAUGGUCCGUUCCUCUACUAUGGACAGAUACAGCAAGUCAUCAGUCGCAUGUUUCCUUUUGGGAGGGGAUUGUGCCAUGCUUACUGGGCACCAAAUUUUUGGGUUUUCUAUAUAUUACUCGACAAAGGGUUGGCCUUUUCGCUUCGUAAGCUUGGGUUCAGUGUUCAGAUUCCAUCAGCUUCUUUCACAGGCGGAUUAGUCGGGGAUUCUUCACCUUUUGCUGUACUCCCUCAGAUCACUCCCUUGACAACUUUUGCAAUGGUAUUGCUCGCUUUAUCGCCAUGUCUCGUCAAGAUUUGGCAGAAACCCCAGCCUGAGCUUGUUGCUAGAUGGAUAGCUUAUGCAUAUACAUGUGGGUUUCUGUUUGGAUGGCAUGUCCAUGAGAAAGCAUCGCUCCACUUUGUUAUCCCACUUGCGAUAGUUGCUGUCCAGAGCUUAGAGGACGCAAAACAUUACCUUUUGGUUUCUAUAGUUUCUUGUUAUUCGCUCUUUCCACUGCUAUAUGGAGCACAGGAAUACCCGAUCAAAGUUCUUUUAUUGCUACUGAAUUCCAUCGUAGUAUGGCUCGGAUUCACUGCUCAACACUCAUUCACCAAGGAGGGAGACAAACCUCUGAAGCAUAGCUCUGGUGAAAUCAGGAGCAAGUUUGGCAUUGGAUGUGUUAGAAAAAGUUACCUCUUUGGUCUUGUUAUAGUAGAGAUAAUGUCUCAGUUCUUGCAUCCAUACUUUCUUGGAGACAAACUUCCCUUUCUACCCCUUAUGUUGAUCUCUACAUACUGUGCCUUUGGCAUAAUGUACUCGUGGAUUUGGCAGCUCUGUCGGAUCCUGACAUAAAAAAAAAACUCCUUUUUUUUUCUUU